UCGAUCUCUUAAUCGUCUCUCUUGCCCUCUCUCUUUCUCUCUCUCUCUCUCUCUCUCUCUCUCUUGUGUGGGAAGCGUCCGACCGCGAAGACAAACCUCCCACCGCCGCCCGAAAUCGCCCGAUAUAUCGCCUAAUCCCGCUACCGAUUCGCCUCUCCUCCGCCGCCUCCCCUAGCCCUCCUCUUCUCCCCCCCUUUCUUUUUUCCCCUUUUAUUUGGUGGAAAAAGGGUGAUUAAGAUUAAAAAAAAUCGAAUAAUUGGGGGUAAAAAUCAUCCGUUCUCUCGUUCCGUCUCUCUAUCCUCAACCGGUUUCGACCGCCGCCCUCCGGCGCACGAUGCUAGCCUGCGCCGCCGGCCGUCCUCUAUAAAUGCCCUUAUCCCACCGAACCACCUCGAUCUCGUGCCGUCGGGUCCCGAGUACGUUUUUGCGUGGAAGAAUCUCUAUGUCAGGGUAAAUGGCAUUCUUCAGGAACUAUAAUAGCAAAAUAAAUUCUGGACACAACCUUGAUGAGAAGGUAGAGGAGGAUAGACCAGCUGAAGACUAUAAUUCUGUAGGGAAUAGAAAUGUGGAUGUCAAUGUCAACUAUAAUGACGCUGACAUGACAGGAGAUGCUAAUCAGAAUGAGGAAGAACAAUUUAAUACUGGCAGACUGCAAAUUGACAACUCUGAAGGAGAUGCAAGUGGGAAGCUUGGAAAGAGAGCAGCUCCUACCGGUGCAUGGGGCUCAAAAUUUUGGAAGGUCUGCCAACCAAUGUCUGAUUCUGGGGAUGCAGAGUAUGAUCAUAAUGAUUUAGGUGAGGAUGCUGGAGAUAAUUAUUCGGAAGAUUCGAAUGGGCAGAAAGAUAGGAGACAGUCCCAAAGAGAACAUGUAGAAGUACCAGCAGAGGAAAUGCUCUCUGAUGAUUACUAUGAGCAGGAUGGCGAGGAACAAAGUGACUCCCUACAUGGCAGCGGACCGAGCCAUCUAAAUGUAGCUGGUUCCAGGUUACUAACACAACCAGUUUCUGUCAGUAAGAGCAUCGCAAAAGGUGCCAAAGUGGCGAGGCACGAAGAAUACAAUGAUGAUGGUGAUGAUGAUGACGAUUAUGAUGAAGAUGAUGAGGAAGAAGAAGACGAUCCAGAUGAUGCUGAUUUUGAGCCAGAGUCUAGUGAUACAGGCAAGGGCAGAAAAAGCAAGGAAAAAGCAUCAGACAGUGAUGAUUUUGAUGACGACAAUGAAGAUGACAUUGAUCUCUCUGAGGAAGAUGAUAAUGAUUAUUUUGAUAAUCGACGAAGACGAAUGCCACGUAAAGUUGGACAAAGUUUGAAACAGAAAGACACUAAACCUUCUGUAAAUAUACGACGAAAAAGAGGCAGAACUUUUUCAGAUGAAGAAUAUCAUUCAUCAGGAAAUGACUUAGAAGAAGAUAGUGAAGAAGACCUCAGUCGUAAGGCAAGGAGUUCAUCUCAGUCACGCAAGAGAGGUGGGGGCAACUCUACCAUGACUGCAAAUACCAAUCUUAUCAGCAGUGAACUUCGGACGUCUGGUAGGUUGGUAAAAAAAGUUUCUUAUGCUGAAAGUGAAGAAAGCGAGGAUGUUGACGAGGAGAAAUCAAACAAAUUUCAAAAGGAGGAUGCUGAGGAAGAUGAUGGUGAUUCAAUUGAAAAGGUGCUUUGGCACCAGCCCAAAGGUACGGCUGAAGAUGCUAUGAGGGACAACAGAUCAACCCAACCUGUUGUAUUUAGUAGUAUUUCAGACUCCGAACCUGUUUGGGAUGAUGUUGAGUUUUAUGUAAAAUGGAAAGGACAAUCAUAUCUUCACUGUGAAUGGAAAUCAUUUGCCGAUCUCCAAAAUCUUAGUGGAUUCAAGAAGGUACUUAACUACAUAAAAAGGGCAACGGAGGAAAGACGACACAAAAAGGCCUUGUCACGUGAGGAGAUUGAAGUUCAUGAUGUUAGUAAGGAAAUGGAGUUAGACCUUCUCAAGCAAUACAGCCAGGUAGAAAGGAUAUUUGCAGAUAGGAUCAGUAAAAUUGGUGGUGAUGAUGUGGUACCAGAGUAUUUGGUCAAGUGGCAAGGACUUUCUUAUGCUGAAGCAACUUGGGAAAAGGAUACUGAUAUUGCUUUUGCUCAGGAUGCAAUUGAUGAAUACAAGGUUCGUGAAGCUGCCACAACUGUACAAGGAAAAACGGUCGAUUUUCAGCGGAAGAAUAGCAAAGCUAGUCUGCGAAGGCUUGAUGAACAGCCUGAAUGGCUGAAGGGGGGCAAACUUCGUGAUUAUCAGCUUGAGGGAUUGAAUUUCCUGGUUAACAGUUGGAGAAAUGAUACAAAUGUUAUUUUAGCUGAUGAAAUGGGCCUUGGUAAAACUGUCCAGUCAGUUUCUAUGUUAGGAUUUCUACAGAAUGCUCAACAGAUACAAGGGCCUUUUCUUGUUGUUGUACCUCUCUCAACACUAUCAAACUGGGCACGAGAAUUUAAAAAAUGGCUUCCUGAAAUGAAUAUUGUUGUGUAUGUUGGAAAUCGUGCUAGCAGAGAGGUUUGUCAACAAUUUGAGUUUUACACAAAUAGAAAGAGUGGCAGAAAUAUCAAGUUUGACACAUUGUUAACUACAUAUGAAGUGAUAUUAAAAGAUAAGGUGGUAUUAUCUAAAAUUAGAUGGAACUACCUUAUGGUUGACGAGGCGCACAGACUAAAAAAUAGUGAAGCAUCAUUAUACACUACUCUCCUGGAAUUCAACACCAAAAACAAACUCCUUAUUACUGGUACACCACUGCAGAACAGUGUCGAGGAAUUAUGGUCCCUUCUGCAUUUUCUUGAUCCCGAAAAAUUUAUUAACAAGGAUGAUUUUGUUGAGAAAUACAAAAAUCUGAGCUCCUUCAAUGAAAUUCAGCUUGCCAAUCUCCAUAAGGAAUUGAGGCCACACAUUCUUCGAAGAAUCAUAAAAGAUGUGGAGAAGUCCUUACCUCCAAAAAUUGAACGCAUUCUUAGGGUGGAAAUGUCUCCUCUUCAGAAGCAGUACUAUAAGUGGAUUUUGGAGCGUAAUUUUCACAAUCUAAACAAAGGAGUUCGUGGAAAUCAGGUUUCACUUUUAAAUAUUGUUGUUGAGUUGAAGAAAUGCUGCAACCAUCCUUUCUUGUUCGAGAGUGCUGAUCAUGGUUAUGGUGGAGAUAAUGGCACUAGUGAUAUUAAUAAAGUUGAGCGAAUAGUUAUGAGCAGCGGGAAAUUAGUAAUUCUUGACAAACUACUUAUUAGGUUGAGAGAGACAAAUCAUCGUGUAUUAAUAUUCUCACAGAUGGUUAGAAUGUUGGACAUACUUGCCGAGUAUUUAUCUUUUAGGGGAUUCCAAUUUCAGAGGCUUGAUGGUAGUACGAGAGCUGAUCUUCGUCACCAGGCCAUGGAACACUUCAAUGCGCCUGGAAGUGAUGAUUUCUGUUUCCUCUUGUCAACUCGUGCUGGUGGACUAGGAAUUAAUCUUGCAACUGCAGAUACUGUCAUUAUAUUCGAUUCGGACUGGAACCCACAAAAUGAUUUACAGGCAAUGAGCAGAGCGCAUAGGAUAGGGCAACAAGAAGUAGUAAAUAUUUAUCGAUUCGUUACCAGCAGAAGUGUUGAAGAGGACAUAUUAGAGCGUGCCAAGAAGAAGAUGGUUUUGGAUCACCUGGUAAUCCAGAAGUUAAAUGCUGAGGGCAGGCUUGAAAAGAAAGAAACAAAGAAAGGAAGCUCUAUGUUUGACAAGCGUGAACUUUCUGCAAUUUUGAGGUUUGGAGCUGAGGAGUUGUUCAAGGAAGAAAAAGAUGAUGAAGAUAACAAGCGACUGGAAACCAUGGAUAUUGAUGAAAUUCUUGAAAGAGCUGAAAAGGUUGAAUCCAAGGAGCCUGAUGGAGAGGAAGGGAAUGAAUUACUAAGUGCUUUCAAGGUUGCCAAUUUCUGCAGUGCUGAAGAUGAUGCAACCUUUUGGAGUCGUUUGAUUCAACCAGAAGCACAAGAUCAAGUUGAUGCAGCCUUGGCACCUCGUGCUGCAAGAAACAUCAAAAGCUAUGCUGAGCAUGAACAACCUGAGAAAAGCACGAAGAGUAAAAAGAGUGUGGUUGAUUCUCGAGAAAAGACACAGAAGCGUUCCAGCAAAGCUGCAGAUGCUCUGGUCCAUUCUCUACCAAUAAUCGAGGGGGCUGCAGCUCAAGUAAGGGAAUGGUCUUUUGGUGGUUUGCCGAAGAAAGAUGCUUCACAUUUCGUCCGAGCGGUAAAAAGAUUUGGAAAUCCACGUCAAAUUGACCUCAUUGUGGCUGAGGUUGGUGGUGUAGUUGAAGCAGCUCUUCCAGAGGCCCAGAUUGAGCUAUUUGAUUUAUUGAUCGAUGGUUGUAGGGAAGCAGUCAGUGGAGGAAACAUAGAUGCUAAGGGAACUCUCUUAGAUUUUUUUGGUGUAUCUGUAAAGGCCCAUGAAUUUUUAAAUCGUGUUGAAGAGCUUCAGCUUCUAGCAAAGCGCAUUGGACGAUAUAAAGAUCCUGUUUCUCAAUUCCGUCUGGUAACACAACAUAAAAGUCCACAAUGGUCUAAAAGCUGUGGUUGGAAUUCAGUUGAUGACGCGAGAUUGCUGCUUGGGAUAUAUUAUCAUGGAUAUGGCAAUUGGGAAAAGAUAAGAUUAGAUCCUAGUCUUGGUCUAACAAAGAAAAUUGCUCCAAUAACUCUUGGGGAACGGGAAACAUUUUUACCUCGUGCUCCUAACUUAGACAAUCGUGCUAGUGCUCUUCUGCAGAAGGAGUUUGCAAGCAUUAAUGGUAAGACCAAAGUUAAAGGUUCUCGCAAGGUUGUCAAUGAAGGGGAAAAUGUAUCAAAAUUUUCUGGCAGUCGAGUAAGAGAUGUGAACAUGAAAGCUGGUUUGUCAAAACUGAAUUCCAGAGAAAAAGAUCGUUUCCAGAAGCUUAAAGUAGAACCUCAGGUUAAAGAGGAAGGUGAAAUAUCAGAUUCUGAGCAGGAAAGAUAUCAAAAGCUAAAGGAGGAGAAGUGGAUGGAAUGGUGUGCAGAUGUCAUGGAAGAGGAGGAGCAAACAUUAAAGCGCCUACAAAGGUUGCAGACUACCAGUAUAGAUCUUCCCAAAGAGAAGGUUCUUUUGCGAAUUAGAAGGUACCUCCAACUUAUUGGAAGAAAGAUUGACAAUAUUGUACAGCAACAUGAAGUAUCAUAUAAGCAAUCCCGAAUGACAAUGAGAUUAUGGAAUUACGUCUCCACCUUUUCCAAUUUGACUGGAGAGAGGUUACAUGAAAUCUAUUCAAAACUCAAAGAGGAGCAAAAUGAUGCUGGAGUUGGACCUUCGUACAUUAACAGUUAUGGAACCCUCAACAGUAACCAGUUCCCUACUUUGAAUAAUGAUCUACAAAGAAGGCAAAGACCUUACCAGCAUUCAUCCCAACCCUCAGAAGCAUUUCACCGGAAUCAAUCCACAGGAAAAUCAGAAGCUUGGAAACGCAGGAAAAGAUCUGAAAUGGAUAACCAACUUCUAAUCCACAGUCAUUGUCAGCCAGAUAUGAUGAGCAAUGGCGUUCGUCUAAAUGAGCAGACAAAUUCUGCAGGGAUUUUGGGUAAGGGUCCAGUAGAAAUGAGGAGGUAUCCAAAUGAUAGACCUAAUAGAGCACAUCCUGGCCGUUUUCCUCCAGGACAAGGUCACAUGUCAUAGCUCAAAUAGUACAUCCCUGUGUCGGAGCUGCUAUCAGCAAGUGGAAUGCCAUGUUGCCAUUUACUUGAACAUUUUUUUUUCCCGAGGGAAUAAAGGUCGCCUAUCCCAUUGGAGAAAGUGAUGCUGCAAAGUCCUGAGCCGCGACCUGAAGCUGCUGCUCGAUGAGCAAUGAAUGAUGAUGACCAUGUAAUACAUAUCCGCUACCCUGAAGUUGCAGUGCUAACGCAAAGCCAAAGUAGGUUCUGCAAGAAUUUUGAUGCAUUGAGUUUGGUAAUUCGUAAAUAGGUAGAGAUUUUUGGUGAUGGAGAAGAGCCGAGAGAGUCAGCUUCACAUCAACAAAAACGUCAAUACAUGUAGAAACUGCUUUUACAUCAAAAUGUACUAGAAACCUUUGAUAAUUUAAAAUUUAGUUGACACAUGGUCUUUCCAACCUUUAUGCUGUA